GCGGCCCACGGACCAGUCCAUUCACCGCGUACGGAACUUCCCGUACCGUCUGUCUACUCCCCCGCUCCGCCGGCUCUCACUCAUACAUACCGACAUUUUUCUACCCGACUCGCGAGCGAACGGACGGUUUAGAGCCAUGCUGAGAAUGUGGACGGCUCUGCUGACUUUGUGGUGUGUGGUUCAAGUUCACACGCAAACAACAGCCCCUCACACAACAGUGGAACCCCCUAUACACCAACAAUAUUGUCAGGGUGAAACGUUACACAUCGAGUGCCCCCCAAACAGAAUAAUCGAUGUAUUUCGGGCUACGUACGGUGCUCUCCCCAUACCCGGCUCGAGCGGAGAAGGCCCCGGGUACGGCGUGAGUUACACGGAACCGCCGGGGCGGUCGGACGCCGAGAUGGUGAAAGACUGCCAGGGACCGGUCUACAACGCCUCCUGUCGGUUUGAUGGUGCACUGCAGGCGGUCAGUGAGCGCUGCAACGGGAAGUGGCGAUGCGGGGUGAGCGUUGGGGAGGAGACUUUCGGCUCCGUCUGCCCGGAAACCGAGAAACAACUGAAGGUUACUUAUCGAUGCCAGCCAGCCGAAGUAGCACGUGCGUGUGAGAACAGGAGUCUCCAGAUUCAAUGUGCAGUUGGGAGAAUCCACGUGACUUACGCCAACUAUGGACGGACUUCUGCAACGAUAUGCCCCGACGGUCCUGGCACCGGUAAUACAGAGUGUAUCUCAGCGGGAAGCCAGAGAGUGGUGUCCCGCCGAUGUGACGGACGGUUUCUGUGUACCGUACCGGCGACAAACGGCGUCUUCGGGGACCCCUGCCAGGGCACUUCCAAGUACCUUGAAGUCACGUACCACUGUCUGGAAGGUAUGAUGAGCACAACAGUGACCAAUGGGCCCAGCCCUGCACUGAUUACUCUGGAGAACACCACAGUGUCAACUACAGUGUCAACUACAGUAUCAACAACACAGUCCACCACUACUACCAUGGAAAGACAACGAUACUGUGCAGAAGACUUAGUGGAGACUAUUGCGGCGCCUGUGACUUUUCCACAAACAGAAGCCGGUUCUUUUGCCUUUUCCCAAGAACGCUGUGCCUCACCAUCAGGAAAUGGUAAGCCACAUGCCACCCGAUACUGUAGAGAGACACCAGAUGGAAGUGUUCAGUGGGACCAACCUGUCUACCUUAUAUGUGACGUUGGGCUUGGAAAUCUGUCUCAGACAACAGUAACCUCGCAGACUGCAAUGAAUGUGGCUACAGAACUACAGGUCAUCACUACACAGUCUGACACCAUGACUCCAGAUCAAGUCACAACCACCAGUGUACUCAUCCAGGAGAUAGUCACUGCUAGUCCUACUGAACAGGUUGGUGACUCCCUCCUGACUACAGUAGACAACUUGAUGAACAUCAAUGCUACAGUUCUUAAACAGAGUCAGCAGGAGAGGAAAGGACCCACCAGAGUUGCCCAAGCGCUAGAAACAUUUGCUGACACAGUGACUCUGACUGAGGGAAAAUACACCACAGUACGGCCUAGUGUGGCUCUACAAGCUGUGGAUGUCCCUCUGGAGGAGCUAGACAUGGGACAAGGAUUUGCCUUCUAUCCCAGUGGAAACACGUCCAACAGUCUAACAGCAGGCAGUGUGUCCAGCUUUACUACAGCAGCUAGGGCAGGCAUGCAACAAAACACUGACAUCUCCAUCACUCUACCUACCAACCUGUCAAGGGUACUGCAGAUCAACAACACUGCAGAUGUCCGUGUGAGCUACAUCCUGUACAACGACAGCAGCCUGUUCAUCGACCCUUCCCAGGGUGCCGUGGGUUCUCGUGUCAUCGGCAGUAAGCUAGCGGGGGUUCAGGUCAAGAACCUGGAUAAACCUGUGGUCAUCACAUUAACACCUCUGCAGGACUUCUCUCCUGAAGAUGUGGAGACAGUCAGGUGUGUUUUCUGGGAUUUUGAGGCCAAGUCAGGACAAGGAGCGUGGUCCUCUGAAGGUUGCGAGUACAAAGGAGAAGAGAACGGACUGUACACCUGUGAAGUCUACCAUCUCACCAACUUCGCAGCCUUCUUUGACCUGCAUGGUUCAGGAUUUGGAGUACAUGAGAGACCACUGCAGGUCAUCACUAUAGUGGGCUGUGCUGUGUCUAUAGUUGGCCUGGUGCUUACACUGCUAUCCUUCAUCAUUACAAGGAAGUACAACCGUCGAGUAACCGGAGUCCAUGCCAGGAUCCAGAGGAUGGUUCUCAUCAACUUAUGUCUCACCCUAUUGGCCAUCCUCAUCAUAUUCCUGGCUGGCAUCAACCAGACAGGCUCCCCCAUUGGCUGCACCAUUGUGACAGCUUUGUUACACUAUUUCCUAUUGGCUGCCCUGAUCUGGAUGGCAAUGGAGGCUGUUAAUAUCUACCUGGCAGCUGUGAUGGUGUUUGAACAGUAUGUGACAAGGAACUUCAUUCCCAAGGCUGCAGCUUUGGCCUAUGGCUUCCCCUUUGUAGCUAUGAUAGUGACUGUGGGACCUUCAAGUCUCUAUGAAUACAGGAACAGCAACUACUGCUGGCUGGCCCAGACGCCACUGAUCUAUGCGUUCCUGCUGCCCGCGGGCGUGGUCCUGCUGUUCAACCUGGUGCUGUUCUGCAUCAUCCUGUACCACCUGGCCAAGAGGGAGAGGAAACAGAUCAAACUCACUGGUUCCAAGAAAGAUGAAUCCGACCCCAAGUGGAUUGUCCGCCAGCUUCGCCGUGCCGUCAGCCUCCUGGUCCUGUUCGGCCUCACCUGGCUCUUCGGUUUUUUCGUCAUCCAUGAUACUCGCAUCGUCUUCGCCUAUCUGUUCUGCAUCUUCAACACCCUGCAGGGUCUCUUCAUUUUCAUCUUCCACUGUGUGCUACGGGAGGAUGUGCAGAAGUGGUGGGACAAGGUGUACUGUAAGGGGAGGAAGAAGGACAGAUAUGUCGUGAAGAGGAGUACAUUCUCUUCUUCCACGGCACAGACACCUCAAGAGAGGAUUCAUCUCAAUGUGUCACCAACAACAAGUCGAGCAUAA